GUCUUUGAGGUUACUUUUCCACUUUGUACACUUUCAUAACACAGUGCUCUUCAAAAUCGACAAUUUUUAGAUUAAAUUAAAUAUGCCUUCCUAUGAAUUGGCAGUGGUUUUGAGACAAAUGUCCAGACCGGAGAUUGUUUCUGUAUUGAAGCGCACGGCCGGAACACUUUUAGACAAAGGCUGCGUAAUCAGGAAAUUGGAGAAUUUAGGUACAAGAGCGUUACCGCACAAAAUCAGUGAACACGGUAUAGUGCAUCGCGAUGGCACCUAUUUCAACAUAUCGUUUGAUGCAGCACCAACGAAAAUAAGUGAUUUUAUGGAGGAGUUUGGACGUGACAUUGACAUUGUACGACGACGUAUAUUUAAGAUAGAAGAACCUGAAGAAUUCCAAUGCACACUACAUGAAGAAAUGUUGCCACCGGCCUAUCGUAAGGAUGUCCAGGAAAUGAUAGAUAUAGCGAAACGCAAACAAAAACGCAAGUUCAAAUACAAUUCCGGCUUAGAUUAUUAUCCUUUCCAAAAGUAAGGUGUCCAAAUUUGAAACAAUUAUUUUUUAUUAUAAUUAUUAAAGUUGUUGAUAUACAAGUAAAAUAAAAAUUAUUACGUUCUAAAAA